AUGGGAAAGUUAGCAAUCCAAUUGUUGUGUUCCUUCUUCAUCUUUCUUCUCUUGCAUACCCCCGCAGCAGAGUCUCAAGAAGCUGGCCAUGAGAAAGAGUUUGAUUACCAAAAAAAUAGUGAAAAGGGGCCAGCUAGAUGGGGAGAGCUUGAACCAAACUGGAGCACAUGUAGCAAUGGAACAAUGCAGUCACCUAUUAAUAUAUUGAAAAGAAGUGUUAAAAUAGUUUCCCAUUUAGGGGGACUAGAUAGAGACUACAAGCCUUCCAAUGCCACUCUUAAAAAUAGAGGCCAUGAUAUGAUGUUGGAAUGGGAAAGUGGUGCAGGAAAUGUUGAAAUAAAUGGAACUGAAUAUGUUCUCCAACAGUGUCACUGGCAUUCACCUUCUGAGCACACCAUCAAUGGCAGGAGGUAUGCUCUAGAGAUGCAUAUGGUUCAUAAGAGCCAAGAUGGAAAGGUUGCUGUGGUUGGAAUCAUAUACAAAGUAGGAAAUCCAGACUCUUUCUUGUCAUCUCUGAGAGACCAUUUGAGAUUGGUGGCUGGCCCCAGAGAAGCAGAGAAAGUGGUGGGUCUAGUGAAUCCGUAUGAUAUCAGGAUUAGUAGAAAGUAUUAUCGAUACAUGGGAUCUCUUACAACUCCUCCUUGCACAGAAAAUGUUACCUGGACCAUUAGCAAAAAGGUGAGAACUGUUGCCAAAGAACAAGUGAGAUUGCUUCGCGUAGCAGUUCACCAUGAAUCUGGUACAAAUGCAAGACCAAGCCAACCAACAAAUGGACGCUUAGUGCAACUCUAUGAACCAGAUGACGAUAAAGAUUAUUAA